AUGUCGGGUGGCGCGGCGCUAUCGAGGGAGCUUGCGAAAAGGCUGUGGCGGCUGAACGAGGCGACGGCGGCCGCCGUACGUGUGGUGUUGGAGGAGGCGAGCGUAUGGGGGGCGGGGGAGUAUGUCGGCGUGCAUGUGCGGAGGGGGGAUAAGAGCAAGGAGGUGGCGGACGUGCCGCUGUGGCGGUACGCGGCGGCCGUGCGCGCGGUGAGCGGGGAGGAGAUGGCGGUGUUCGUGGCGGCGGAUGACGGGGCGUCCGUGCGGGGGCUGCGGCAGCUGCUGGCGGGCAGGAAGGUGGUGGCGAUUCGCGGGGCCGAGGGGAGGGGUGGGCACGACCAGUUGGCGACGAAUAGGGGGUACAUGAAGGAGAAUUACGGACGUGUGGUCGAGCUGCUGGCGGAGGUGGAGGCAUUGAGAGGGGCGAAGGUGUUUGUGGGGACGUUUUCAAGCAACUUGGGGAGGCUGGUGCAUGUGCUUCGGGAGGGGGAUGAGCGUAACUCCGUGUCGCUGGAUGAUCGGUGGGCGCCUGGCGUGGCGUGGCGCACGUUUGGCGAGAGGUAUUGUGAGAUGGAGCCGGUGAAUGAGGUGUAUUGCACAAGAGUAAGGGAGGGGCGGGCGUAG